CCUGCGAGGUAUUCCUCCGAGCUAAGCGGGGCCGGGGUCUGUGAGUUCGUGUGCCCGGAAGGGGGCAGUCAGGGCCUUCACGGCGGCCCGAGGUCACGACCCGAUUCAGCUGCGGAGGGACAGCCUAAGGGGACGCUUUUCAGGACUGUCUCGAGCUGUCUACGACCUGCCGGGGCUCCGUCUGUGCCUGGGGUUUCCACGUCAGAGGCCAGUGGAGAACCGAAGAUUGCCAGCUACGUACAAAGGCCAUUGAGACACUUCGUGUAGCUGGAAGACACCAACUCCCUGACAGGAGCUUUAUUUCAUUUGGGAUUUCAAGUUUACAGACGGUAUCUUCCGAAAAGUUGGAAAAACCUGUAGUUUCAGAAACAACUCUCCAAGUUCCAUUUCCAAGGAAGGUCUUAACCAUUUGUCCCUUCUGGCGUACCCUCUUUCAUUGAAAUCCAUGCAGAAUAUACCAGAGAUGGGCAGCAGCGAACCCCUUCCCAUCGCAGAUGGUGACAGGAGGAGGAAGAAGAAGCGGAGGGCCCGGGCCACUGACUCCUUGCCAGGAAAGUUUGAAGAUAUGUACAAGCUGACCUCUGAAUUGCUUGGAGAGGGAGCCUAUGCCAAAGUUCAAGGUGCCGUGAGCCUACAGAAUGGCAAAGAGUAUGCCGUCAAAAUCAUCGAAAAACAAGCAGGGCACAGUCGGAGUAGGGUGUUUCGAGAGGUGGAGACGCUGUAUCAGUGUCAGGGAAACAAGAACAUUUUGGAGCUGAUUGAGUUCUUUGAAGAUGACACAAGGUUUUACUUGGUCUUUGAGAAAUUGCAAGGAGGUUCCAUCUUAGCCCACAUCCAGAAGCAAAAGCACUUCAAUGAGCGAGAAGCCAGCCGAGUGGUGCGGGACGUUGCUGCUGCCCUUGACUUCCUGCAUACCAAAGGCAUUGCUCAUCGUGAUCUGAAACCAGAAAAUAUAUUGUGUGAAUCUCCAGAAAAGGUGUCUCCAGUGAAAAUCUGUGACUUUGACUUGGGCAGUGGGGUGAAACUGAACAACUCCUGCACCCCCAUAACCACACCGGAGCUGACCACGCCAUGUGGCUCAGCAGAAUACAUGGCCCCUGAGGUGGUGGAGGUCUUCACGGACCAGGCCACAUUCUACGACAAGCGCUGUGACCUGUGGAGCCUGGGUGUGGUCCUCUACAUCAUGCUGAGCGGCUACCCGCCCUUUGUGGGCCACUGCGGGGCCGACUGUGGCUGGGAUCGGGGCGAGGUCUGCAGGGUGUGCCAGAACAAGCUGUUUGAAAGCAUCCAGGAAGGCAAGUAUGAGUUUCCUGACAAGGACUGGGCACACAUCUCCAGUGAGGCCAAAGACCUCAUCUCCAAGCUCCUGGUGCGAGAUGCGAAGCAGAGGCUUAGCGCCGCCCAAGUUCUGCAGCACCCAUGGGUGCAGGGGCAAGCUCCAGAAAAGGGACUCCCCACGCCGCAAGUCCUCCAGAGGAACAGCAGCACAAUGGACCUGACGCUCUUCGCAGCUGAGGCCAUCGCCCUUAACCGCCAGCUUUCUCAGCACGAAGAGAAUGAACUAGCGGAGGAGCCAGAGGCGCUGGCCGAUGGCCUCUGCUCCAUGAAGCUUUCCCCUCCCUGCAAGUCACGCCUGGCCCGGAGGCGGGCCCAGGCCCAGGCAGGCCGUGGUGAAGACAGGAGCCCGCCCACAGCACUCUGAAAUGCUCCAGUCACACCUUAUAGACCCUAGGCCUGGCAUUGUCCCCCUGGAAACCUGUGUGGCUAAAGUCUGCUGAGCAGGUGACAGCAUCUGCUCUGUGGCUCCACUCAGGCCUUUUCAUCUACGGAGGCACUAAAGUUCCCACCAACCCCCAUUUCCCUAGGGUCCUGGAGGAAAAAGCUUUUUCCAAAGGGGUUGUCUUUGAAAAGGAAAGCAAUCACUUGUCACUUUGCAUAAUUGCCUGCAGCAGGAACAGCUCUUCGCUGGGCUCCACCUGCUCACCGCCUGCAGAUCUGGGAUCCGGCCUGCUCUCAACGCUGUAGCGGCGGCUGCGGCUGCAGCCUGCAGGGAGAAGCAAGAAGCAUCAGUUGACAGAGGCUGCCAACAUGUGCCUCUUCCCUCUCAGCUCUGUCACCCUCCUCUGGCGGUCCUUCCACCUUCCUCUGUCCUCCGGAUGUCCUCUUUGCCCGUCUUCUCCCUUGGCUGAGCAAAGCCAUCCCCUCAAUUCAGGGAAGGGCAAGGAGCCUUCCUCAUUCAGGAAAUCAGAUCAGUCUUCCGAUCUGCAGCACGGAGAAGCACAUAAUCUUUCUUUGCCGUGACUGAAAUGUGUCCCUCAUUUAUCAUCCCCUUUGAUUGUGAUUGCUGCUAAAGUCAGUUGUAUUUUGUUUUAAAAAAAAAAAAAAAAGUUUGGUUUUUUUUUAACCAUGCUGUUCCAGCAAAGAUGGGACCUUAAUCUCCCACUGCAAGCCCAUGAACUUCCCAGAGAGUGUAACGGCUUGCUCUUUCUGGAAUGUCCAUGCAUUUGGGUUUUAAUCAGCAGUGCCCUAUUCUAACUGAUUUUAAGCUGUUCCUAUGACAAACUUAGAGACAGCGUCGGUGUCUGCUGCUGUGUCCCCAGGUCUUGUGUGGGUGGCACAGAUCUGGGCAGUUAGAUGGAGCUCUGUGCCUGAGGUGAAGCCACACUGGGGUGAAGCCUCACUGCCCUGUUUGAGCGACGCAGUGCCUGCUGCCCGAGUUCAUGAAGGUACAGCCAUUCAGAUAAGCUGAACUGUUGAGUUACAUAAAGAAAAUAGAUUUGCAUUUGUCAGGCAGACGUUUAUACAACACCAUGGUGCUUUUAUACAUUGUGCUUAUUUUAAUAAAACUGAAAUUCUAGCUGUGGCCUA